AUGUUCAAACUAGUCCUCUUCGACUUCGACGGCACCAUCUUCGACUCCUACGAAGCCAUCGAACACUGCGCCACAUUAACCUUCGAAGCCCUAUCCCAAGCCACCGCCGCCCCGCCCAAAGAGGAACUCCGCCGCCUGAUCUCCAAGGGCGCCGCGCUGGCCGAGGCCUUCCGCCAGCUGCACCCCGACCACGCCGGCUUCGAUCCGCAGGAAUGGACGCGCACGUAUCGCGGGCUGUACGCGGUGCACGGGCAGGCGCUGACACGGCCGUACCCGGGGCUGCGCGCGGUGCUGGACGCGCUGCGGGCGGCCGACGUCACCGUCGCGAUCGCCAGCAACAAGGUGUUUGACAGCAUCAAGACGGCGCUGAAGCGGCUGGACCUGCUGGAUUAUUUCCCCGACCCGCUCAUCAUCGGCGAUACUAUCGACGGCUCGCGCAGGAAGCCGGACCCUGUCAGCUAUACGGAGGUGCUGCUGCCGCGGUUGAAGACGCUGUAUGGGGCGGACUUUGCGCUGCGGCCGGACGAGGUGCUCAUGGUUGGAGAUACGGUGACGGAUAUCCAGUAUGCGCGGAAUAUUGGGGUGAGGGUGUGUUGGUGUCGGUAUGGGCAGGGGGAUCAUGCGGAAUGUGAGGCGGCGCGGCCGGAGUAUACGAUUGAUGCGUUGGUGGAUGUUGUGGGGGUUGUGAUGGGGAAUUAA